AGUCAGCGAAACGCCGAACUGACGAAGCAAAUUCAAAGGAGUCGCUUCUCAUCUCAGAUUGGGAGAAUUGAAAUUUCUGUUAUUUUUAAAUUUCUUCUGUAUUUCUUCUUCUUGACUGGUAAACACUGAGUUUAGAGAAAGGGCCUGAAGCGAGAUAUGGUUUUUUGAGAUUCUUGGUAAGGAUAUUGGUAGCGCGCUCUUUGGUGAUGGCAGAUGCAAAAUCGACGGUCCAGAUGGGGAGUAGAGAUCGAGAACUUCUACUUACGGUUGCUGACUCCAUACGCGAUGAUUCCUCCAAAGAUUCUUCUUCAUCGUCUUCCUCUUCUUCGCAUCUCGCCGGCCGUGAGACCUUUUACAAAAUUGUCCAGAGCUGGGCUUCGAAGAAGUUCAUGACAGGAUGUGUCAUUCUGUUUCCUAUAGCAAUCACAUUUUACAUAACAUGGUGGUGGUUUAUUCACUUUGUGGAUGGCUUUUUCUCUCCAAUUUAUGCUCAACUUGGAAUUAAUAUAUUUGGUCUUGGAUUUGUAACUUCUAUUACAUUCAUCUUUGUGGUUGGGGUAUUCAUGUCAUCUUGGUUGGGAGCUUCCGUCCUGGGCCUUGGUGAGUGGUUUAUCAAACGGAUGCCAUUUGUUCGUCACAUCUACAAUGCUUCCAAGCAAAUUAGUUCUGCUAUAUCACCAGAUCAGAACUCACACGCCUUCAAGGAAGUAGCCAUCAUAAGGCAUCCACGUAUCGGCGAAUACGCAUUUGGAUUCAUCACUUCAUCUGUUGCUUUGCAGAGCUACUAUGGUGAAGAAGAGCUAUGCUGCGUUUUUAUUCCCACAAAUCAUCUUUACAUUGGUGAUAUAUUCCUUGUCAAUACCAAGGAUGUCUUCAGACUUGACCUAUCAGUCCGUGAAGGAAUUGAAAUUGUUAUAUCUGGGGGAAUGUCCAUGCCUCGGAUCCUGUCAACACUGGAUACUCAUUUGGAAAGAGGUAGAACUGGAGGGAGCUGAGAUAUAAGGUGACAGUUGUAGAGCUUUUGUUGUUCAUUAUUUAUUGCAUUUUCUCCAACUCCGGGUUUCGAUCACCUGAUCGGCUACGCAAUCGAUGUGUUAGUAUCACAGGAUUCAGAAUUAGAUUAUGAAAAUUUGAUGGUAGUGUCUGGUUUUGGUGUAUAUCUGUAACUUUGAGUUUGCAUAGAAUGUAAAACUGCUUGCUUUCGAGGGUAGAUUGGUCUCAAUAGUUUA